AUGAUGGUCUCUAGUCUCUGCCCCGCUUGUCAUGAUUCCCAUAAAACUUCCAGCAGCAGCAGCAGCAGCAGCAGCAGCAGCAGCAACAGCAGCAGCAGCAGCAGCAGCAGCAGCAGCAGCAGCAGCAGCAGCAGCAGCAGCAGCAGCAACAGCAGCAGCAGCAGCAGCAGCCUGGGCUAUGACUGCAGCAGCUCCUCGGUUGCAACCUCCUCCUGCUCUUCUACUUUGCCCGAUGGACCUCGAGCAUUACGUCAGUUUCAAGACACCAACACUAUUAAUAUCAAAGGAGCCUUCGCAGAGGAAAGCGCCACCCCAGCCUGAGCUCCCUUAAAGAGACAGUACCGCCGUCCCCGCCGCCGCCGCCGCCGCCGCCGCCGCCGCCGCCGCCGUUGCCGCCUCCUGCAACUCCUCCUCCUGAGCCCAAGGCAGCAUCCGCUGCAGCCGCCAAGGGGGAAAGGACGGCUUUGGAGCAGACAAUUAUUACGAGUUUGAAAGAGCUCCACUGUAGUGGAACAUCCGAAAGGGAAGCCACCACCACCACCACCCCCAAUACACACACACAUACCCGGGCUUUCUUACCGUGAUAUUUUAAAAGACCUUAUCUAAAAAGCUGACCAGCCACAUUAUGCACAACUUCUCUCACCCCCCUCCCCAAUAUAUCUAUAAGUCUGUAUUACUUAGUGAGAAGAGGGGUACACUGAAAGUUUUAUGGGAAAUAUGCAAAGCCGACUAGCAUUUACCUUAAAGGAAGAAGAGGGAAAGGGGGAAUUGAGGUGACUGAAUUAAUGUCAAGAAAAGACUGAGAUUGAUGCUAUGAUUUAAAAGAAGGGGAGGGGUUCUAUAGAAGUUGUCUUUAAAAAAUUUUUAUCUUACUUUAUUUAUUUUCUCCCUUCUACUCCUUAAUAAAAACUACACAGAAUCUAUGCAUGUUUAUCUGUUUGAGAGAGAGAGAGAUAAAGGAGUCUAAGGCCACCUCCUUGGUGGUUAGUGUUUUCCUUGCAUUUUAUUACAAGAGAGCUGGGACAGAACAACUUGAACUUUUUCCUAAGUUGGAAAAGUGCAGAGGGAUGUUAAUGGAGUUUUCUGAUCUAAGGAGAACUUAGCUACCUCCCUGGGACAUGUUCAGUGAUUCUAUCAAGCAAAUAAAAUUGGAAUGGCUUUCCAAUAUUAAUAGAGAUGAAAUUAUUGUUUGGUUCUUGAACAGAUAAGGAGUUAUGAAUAGACUUUUAAAAAUAUAUUUUGCAUUUUUAUUUAAGAACCCUCAUUGUUUCUCAUCAAUUUUCUGAGUGUUUCUGAAUGUAUUGUUUUUUUCCCCUCUAAAGCUCAUCAGUAUGUAAAAAAUUACCAUGAAUAUUCAAAUUAUAGUAGAUGUUAAAAAAAGGUAAACAUUUAUUGCGAAUUUGGACAUAAUUUUUCUCACUUGGUUGACUUUGGGUGACAUGUUUUUCCUCUGGUGCAAGUCAUUUGAACUAAUUUUGUGCUAAGUGGACAAACAGCUUAUUAAAAUUAUGAAAGACUUAAAAUAGAAAUUAAAGAGGCAAAAUCAUGAAAA